AUGCCAGCUUUCAAAGCGCUUAGGCGCAGGCCUGCAGUCGCACCGACGGACGGACUGACAGACACCUCUUUAGAGCAGGAAGGUGCAGACCCGGGCAGCAUGGCUUCGUGCAUCUCCUCCCACCCUUCACCACCGCCUCCAGGGUGGUCUAGAGGAUGCUCCGCAGCUCCAGCUCCAAGGCCCUUGCUAACUACUACUCUGCUUGCGCUAGGCAAACCCGUGCUCUGGAGUCCUUUCUUGCAGAGGCCUCUACAUAAAAGGAAAGGUGGUCAGGUGAGGUUCUCCAACGACCAGACCAUCGAGCUGGAGAAGAAGUUUGAAACGCAGAAAUACCUCUCCCCUCCUGAGCGGAAGCGUCUGGCUAAGAUGCUGCAGCUCAGCGAGAGACAGGUCAAAACCUGGUUUCAGAAUCGACGCGCUAAAUGGAGAAGACUAAAACAGGAGAACCCUCCAAGCAAUAAAAAGGAGGAACUGGAAAGUUUGGACAAUCCCUGUGACCAGAGGCAAGACUUGCCCAGUGAACAGAAUAAAGGUGCUUCUUUGGAUAGUUCACAGUGUUCACCCUCCCCUGCCUCCCAGGAAGACCUUGACUCAGAGAUUUCAGAGGAUUCUGACCAGGAAGUGGACAUUGAAGGCGAUAAAAGCUAUUUUAAUGCUGGAUGAUGGUCACCAGAAUUGGCAUGUUCAAAAAGCUGGACUGGGAAAUAACAGUUUGCUAUAGAAAUUCUUCACGGAAGAACUGGAAAAUUAUAAGAGAAAUGAAAAUCCAUUUUCUAGUAUUCUGGAUACCUAAAAAUAUUUGGUGCACUGGCUUAUUAGAAAAGUUACAAUGAAGCCUUAAUUUUAACUUAACAAAUGUUGUAUGUACUGAUUAUAGGUUGUUUUGAUAAAAAUUCAUGCCCCUUUCCCCUUUUUAGAAAAAAAGAAAGUUUGUUGUUUCUAUUUAUAAAAAGUAAUUUUGAACUUUUGUUAAAUUUUUAAGUUAUAGCUUUAAAGGUUUAAUGGGCUCUUCUUGAAUGACUUUCUAUAACCUGUAUUUACGUCCUACUUAGUGGCAAAGCAGAAAGCACCCCCAAAUCCAGUGCCUUA